AUGUUCUCUGCAUCAUCAAUGUACAACCAUUACUACGGCCCGUGGAGCUCCAGACUUCAAGAUCGCAACCAUGGCAACUACAGGGGUGCUUGGAUUGCACGUCAUAAGCGUCGAAAUGAAUGGAUNCAAGGUCGCUACGAUGCUAAUCAGUAUGUCACGUGGUAUACUGUGAGGUACAGUAACGAUGGCGUGCGGUUCACAUCUUAUAAGGUUGGAAGGACCACGAGAAUGUUCCAAGCUAACGUGGAGCGUUACCAUGUCAACAUYAAYCGCUUGGUGCCUUCCAUCAAGGCGAGAUAUGUUCGUAUUUAUCCMCAGAAGUGGUAUGGCCAUAUUUCUAUGAGAGUCGAGUUCUACGGCUGUAGACUCAGUAAGUAG